AUGAGUCUUCGAGUGGUGUUAGGGGCCCCCCGAAGGGCGACCCUGUUCCAUGCCUCCGCAGUGGAUCUCCGACGCUGGCCGUCCAGCUCGGCCCGAGCUUUCUCCACGACCAUGCAGCGUGAUGCGACGUGGGGUUUUGUCGGCCUUGGACAGAUGGGGUACAAUAUGGCCAAAAACCUUCGCGCCAAGAUCCCCGCAUCCGAUACCUUGAUCGUGCGUGACAUUAACGAAGAUGCCAUGAAACGGUUCGCUGCAGAGGCCAAGGAGGCUGCACGCAGCAAUGGCGCAGGCGCCAACGAAGGUCAGGUUGAACUUGCAGAAAACGCACGCGAAGUUGCGGAGAAAUCGACAGUGAUGGUCACCAGCCUUCCAGAAUCACAACAUGUCAUCGAUGUCUACCACUCCAUCUUGAAACAUGGCGCACUCCCACCCCUUGAGCAGGAGCGCCUCUUUAUAGACACGUCUACCAUUGACCCAGUUACAUCGAAGGAUAUCGCCAAUGCCAUCCACACCACACAGACUGGUCGGUUCGUGGAUGCCCCUGUGUCAGGUGGCGUGGUUGGUGCUCGAGCUGGAACUUUGUCGUUCAUGUUUGGCGCCCCCUCGCAAUCGAACGAGUUGCUCGAGCGUGUUCGCGGCGUACUAGCUUUGAUGGGCAAGAAGGCCUGGCAUCUCGGGGAGCCCGGUGCUGGUGUCUCCGGUAAGCUGGCGAACAAUUACAUCUUGGCCCUGAACAACAUCGCCACUGCCGAGGCUAUGAACCUAGGUGUUCGUUGGGGUCUCGAGCCUAAGGCGUUAGCUGAAAUGAUUAAUUCGUCGACCGGUCGUUGCUGGCCCUCCGAGGUCAACAACCCCGUUCCUGGCGUUGUCGAGACCGCCCCCGCGUCGCGUGGAUAUGAAGGUGGCUUCGGGGUGAGUCUUAUGCACAAGGAUCUGCGAUUGGCUCUUACGGCUGCGGAAGAAUCUGGGACCCCUCUCGCCCUGGGUUCUCAGGCCCGCGAGGUCUACAAGGAGGUUGAAGAGAAGCACCGUGGCAAAGAUUUCUCAGUUGUCUACAAGUGGCUGCAAGAGAAGUCCGGGUAA